GAUUACGUAAUAUGACAGGGAACAAGGCGGAGAACAAAGCGCGAGUACCGAAUAACGCACGCCUUGUUCUCAUUUCCUCAUGCCAUGUUGAUAGAAAGCGGUGUACACAAAUCCAGUUCCGAAAGAAGGUAGACCUACGGAUCGUUGAUGUUCCCAGGUUGGCAGGCCCCAACAGUUGUAAAACAUGUACCCAUUGACGCGUCGGACGCCAAGGCGGCCCCGUUCAAGAACAGUUACUCCUCUGAAUUCAUCGAAUUCAUCGUCAUCAUCAGACGAUGAUGGUGACAUCCCGGAUGACAACAGCUCUGAAGAAUCUAUUGGAGACCUGUCUACCGGUUAUUCCACCCCAACCCAAAGCAGUACUGAAGAGGAAAGGUCGCGGGAAAGAUCUUCACGCGCUAGAUCUUCAAAUAUAUCUUCACAUUCUGAGCCCGAAGUAAAUAACAGACGUUUAUCGAUCCUGCAAAAAAGUCAAGGUCGCGCUUUACUACUCAAGUUGGUGACCUCCAGACAUCCCAGUAUAGAAAAGGCAAGGAGUAUCUUCAAAGAUCUUUCUCCAGAUGAAAUAAAAGAAGAGCUCCAAAUCAAAGACAAAAGGGGCAAUACUGCCCUUCAUCAUGCCUGUCUGAAAUCCCUUGUACCGUUGGUUGAACUCAUCUUAGAACACAGUGGAGAGGAUACAUCGAAGAUACUCGAGACAGAGGGUGAAUGUGGAUGUCGGCCGUCGCAUCUCGUGGUGCGACAAAAAGCGAGAAACGAAACACAGGCACAGAGUAAAGUGAAGAUAAUUGAGCUUUUGGCAUCGAAGGGGGCGCUGUUCAAUGAAAAGGACAUCCAUGGUCUAACCCCUCUUCAUUUGGCUUGUAAUCAUGACGAAUCUCGCAGGCAGAUGACCGUCAUUGCAGCACUGCUGUCAUUGGGGGAUGUCAAAGUGGAUGAACCCGUUAACAUCAGUGGGAUGAAAUCAACGCUACUGAACAUCGCGUGCAAUAACAACCAUUACGAAACUGCACAACUUCUUCUUGAAAACGGAGCAAACCCUCUGGUGGAAGACGGAACAAAUCAUACCCCACUCUUCACCAUACUCACUCGUAAGAAUACUAAGUUUGGUCUGCAGUUCCUGAAAAUAUGCGAAAAGAAGGGACACAACUUGAACAAGAUCUUAUCGGUAAAGAACUUGCACGGACGAACGGCUCUUCACCAAGCCAUCAAGAUCGGUAACCUCAACCUUGUCACAUACUGUCUCUCUUGCUUGAUUCCUGAAGACGAAACGGACAGAGGUGAUGACAACAGCGACUAUCUUCUAGAUUACACAGGAAGGUACGGUACCAAUCUGAUGCAUACAGCAUGCAUGAAAGGACACCUGGAUUUGGCGAUCAUGUUUCACGAGCUAUGUCCGAAAUUCCUGACGAUGAAAACGACUGAAGGAAUGACGCCUUUGCACUACACAUGCAAAAAUAACCAUUCACAGCUCACCGAAGAGGUCUGCGCCAUGAUGCUAAGUCAUUCGACUGAACUGCCCCUUACAAUGGAUGAUUUUAAAGUUGAAGAUGGGAAACAUUCUCUUCUCAAGUACUCAGCUUCAAGAGGUUCCAGUCAAUCCAUGAUCGUUCUCCUCAAAUACGUGAAGGAUCGGUCCGUUAUAAUGAAAUUCAUAGAGUGGCUCGCAGUCGAAAAGAACAUCGCACAAGUGCUGAAGGAUUUGCUGGACAGUUUUGACUACAUCUCGAGAGGUCACCUUGAUGAUGAUGAAAUUGAAAGGAUUGUUCUUCGAUGUGCGGCAGCAGGACGGACAGAGAGUCUCCACCAAUUCGUGAAGUGGCGCAAGGCUGCUUUCUUUUACAAAGAAGAACAAACUGAGAAUAACGUCAUGCACCUGAUUGCGAAAGGAGGUCAUCUCGACACGGCAAAAAACAUGAUGAAAAAUAGCAAUGUAGAUUUCAAAAGUGGGAAUGCUAAAGGACAAAUUCCACUUCACCUAGCGAUCAAGGAAGGUCAUAGAGAAUUGACCAAACUAUUCUUGGAAGUUGACGAGACAUUUGCCGGUGUAACAGAUGCACGGAAAGUUACUCCAUUGAUGUAUGCAUGCAAAAGAGGUGACCUGUUCCAAGUUGAUCUGCUUCUUGAACAGAGUCAAACGAAAAUCAAGUUCUUCGAAAACGACAUGAAAGGUCUCAAUUGUCUCGACCACGCCAUCAACAGCGGUCAUGAGAGGGUAGCUGUAAGGUUGUUGGAGCAGAAUGAUUGGCGUAGCCUUUUGGCUCGAUCCACAGACGAAGAAGGGGGCAAUAAAACGACUCCGAUGAGGAAACUGAUUGAACAGAUGCCAGGAGUUGCCAAGUUUGUACUAGAUAAGUGCGUUACGAAGCUAAGUUGUAGUCGUGAUAACAGUAAUUGCAACAUCAGUGUCGACUACGAGCUCUUGGAAGACUGGUACUCAUCUUGGAUGAGAGAUGACAUGUGGAAUAGACGAAUGAUGACUCUAGAUUACAUGGCGUCGCGUGGAUAUGAUAUGAUAUUGCACACAUUUAGCCACGGUGACCAAAAUGACCAGGCAGCCGAACAGUUAUCCUCCAAUUUCCAGGACAAUGGAAAGCUGAAAGAUGAUGCACGGAUCAAUGUGACGGAUCCCAUAUACCGUGCUGCCCAUCAUCCCCUUCGUCUCAUGCUGAAAACGGAAGAGAGUAAGGAAUUGUUGAAUCACCCUGUUGUCCGUUUGAUGUUGGCUCACAAGCAGGAAGCAACCCGUCUCUUGUACUGGCUCAAUUUCUUCAUUUUAAUCACGCAUCUCAUCCUGGUAACUGCCCACAGUCUCUACAUCCCUCCGCCUUUCUACAUUCAGCCCGAGGGGGACGGCGGCAACUACACCUGGUUGGCCGAUGGACAGAGGAAGUGGGUUGAGAUGCUGGACCCGGUUGCUCUGAUCGUCUUUGGAAAAGUUGGGAUCUGGAUUAUUCUUACCCUGACUGUGAUAUACUUCUUGCUAUUUCUGUAUCGUGUUUGGGUGUACAGACAGUCAACACUGAGUUCCAUUAAAGGAUUGUUGAGUAUAAUCCGUGAGAUUGCUCUACAGGUUUUCACCAUCUUAUUUAUCCUACCUGGCUUUAGUAACCAUCAGUAUUUUGAUGUUAAUCUGAAGGCCGAAUGGCAAUGGCAACUUGGUGCAUUUGCAGUAUCUCUGGCUUGGUUUAACUUCAUCUUAUAUCUUCAGACAAUGCCUUUCCUCGGGAUCUAUGUCCUCAUGUUUCUAGAGGUACUGUCUACUCUAAUGAACUUCAUCUUGAUCGUCGGCAUAUUCAUUAUAUCAUUUGCAGUUGUAUUCUGCAUAUUACUCCUGAAUCAGGUACCUUUCAACACUUUUUGGGAUUCAUUCGGCAAGGUUAUAGGCAUGUUAAGCGGAGACAUGGAUUACGGUGGUAUUUUCAAUAAUCUUGAUUACCUCUACAAACCAGACCCUUCUGAAGACUUCACGAGUUUGGUCUUUUAUCCACUUUCAACUCGGAUCAUAUUUUACAUCUUCAUCAUCUUCAUGCCGAUCCUCAUCAUGAAUCUAUUGACUGCUUUGGCCGUCUACGAUAUAGAACAGAUUCAGAAGAAGGCCAAGAUGUAUAAACGUACUCUGGAGGUCAAAACGGUCCUGGACGUUCAAGAUAACAUGUUCCUGUUCUUGUGGAAGAACAGUGUUAUCAAGUUCGAGGUAAUACCUGUCUGGACCCGCAUUUCUGCUUGGUAUAAGCUGCUUUAUAAAUUCAUCGGCUACAAGGAAACUCAUGAUUUGCUGGUCAGCUUUCUCGAGAGAACGGAGGACGUUGAGUUCGUGAAGACGAAUGAGAUGACAAUCAAUGAUAUGAGAGAAGAAAUUCAUGACAUGAGCAAAAAAAUCAUGAGAAUCACGGAGAAUGUCAUGGACAUCAAAACAAAACUCAACUCGAUGAAACAGUAGUAUUUUAACGUACAUGUUUCAACGUCAUUUCCAAUGAAUCAGACGCAAUAAUUCCAUUAAUGUGGAAACAACUAAAAUAUUGAACAUUUCUGAUCAGUUGAAAAUCAUGUUGCAUUUGAUUUUUGACAACGCAAUACUUUCUAGAACAGUAACUAUAUGGUCAGAUAUCACGAUAUCACUACAGUAACGGUGUGGGGUCUGGAGUAGAAAACGUUACCUCCAAACGCCAUUGGUUGAUAAACAAGUUUUGGUAGGUUUAUUUUAAAUAUAGUCGUAGUUGCGUUUUAUUGUUAAGUUCUAUUAAACAGUGUUCUGGUAUGAUGGCGAAAGAAUGGAAGGCAUAUAUCAAGUUUGAUUUGUUUUAUUUUCCUCGUUCAUAUCAGACAGAUUGAGACUUAGAACUUUGCCUAAAAGUUAGAAGCCUGUCCAUGUCGCAUUGCCGCACAAGCUCCGAGUAUUAACGGUACUGUCUAACAUGGGUGUUGAUUUACAAAAUGAAUAUCAAACUGUAUGUAAUGAUUGAAUGACAGAAAAAGAAGUUAACUGAAAAACAAGGUUUUUAACAAACUACCAACUCAUGAGUAUAAUA